AUGGAACCAGCGGUCACCACCACCCACCAAUCAAAAACAGCCACCACACCUUCAAAGAAACCCUCAAGAAACGCAGAGAAUGCAAACCCUAACGUCUCCCACUGUCAUAUUCGAAGCCCUUCUUCAAAGUCCCCUGCUUUGAGUUCCUCCAAGUCCAGCACCACACACCCAGUUGCGCAAUCGCCGCAGAACAGGAUCCGGCAAAGGAAGUUCGUGGUGGCCAAGAAGAGGAAUCAAAAGGGUCCUCGAAACGACAACAUUUUGUGCAAGUGUAAACACAACGGUGGCUCCAAGUGCGUUUGCGUGGCGUACCAGACUCUUAGGGCUUCUCAAGAAGAGUUUUUUCUCAAAGAGAAUAAGAGUUGUGAUGAUGGUAAUGAAGAAGAAGAAGAAGAAGAAGAAGUAAAAGUUGAGUAUGAGAGUGGGAGUGCUAUUGAAAUUGAGGGAACAAAGAGUGAAAGUGUGGAAAAAGAAGAAAAAGAAGAAGAGGGUUUCAAUGUGAAACGAAGGAGGGAGAGAGGGAGGUUGUUGGAAGAGGCGAGGAAGAGUGUUCCUGAAAAUGGACUUGGGAAGGUUAUGCAUUUGGUUAAGGCCUUUGAGAAGCUUCUCACCAUACCCAAAAAUUCCGAGGAAAAAGAUCACGAGGAGGAUGAUCGUCAUGGAGAGAAAGAGAAUAAGAGCAAGGUGAUGAAAUGGGCUUUACCUGGCUUGCAAUUUGAAGAACAUCAUAAGCCAGUGGCUGAAGAUUCUGUUUCUGGUUCUUCUUUUAAUUGUACUUCUGAUUUGGUUUUGACAUCCGAGAACCUUGGCUUGGAUCAAGGGAUUUCAGUUUCUACCUCCUGGGAUAGUAGCGGUGCAAGUGAUUCUACUAGGACUUCUACUGGUAGAAAGAGCAGGAGAAAUAGCUUGGAGUCAUCUGGGAAUUUUGGAGGGAGAAGGUGGAAGAGGAAGGAGAAGCAAAAAGUCACCAGGCAAAAACCAUUUAAACUAAGGACAGAGCAAAGGGGAAAGUUGAAAGAGGAAGAAUUGAUGAAGAAAGAACUAGAGAUGAUGGCUGAAGCAGAAAAGAUGAGGAUACCAAUUGCACAAGGUCUUCCAUGGACGACAGAUGAACCUGAGUGCUUGUUAAAACCUACAGUUAAAGAGAGAACGAGGCCUAUUGACCUAAAGCUCCAUAGUGAUAUUCGGGCAGUUGAUCGUGCUGAAUUUGACCAACAGUUGGCAGAAGAAGAAGAAAUAAAGAGGUUGAGGAAGGAACUUGUUCCAAAGGCUCAACCAAUGCCUUAUUUUGAUAGACCUUUUGUUCCAAGGAGGUCAAUGAAGCAUCCAACAAUACCUAGAGAACCCAAGAUUCACAUACCACCCCAACAUCAACAUAAGAAGAUCAAAUGCUUGUUGUCAUGGAAUGACAUGAACCCCUGCUCCUCCUAUCUCAACUAA